UGAUGUGAAUGGAUGUUAACUCUGUGUGUUCUCUGCUCCAGCAGUGAUUGAGCUGAAGUUAGUGAGAUGGGGGAGUCCAGUGCAUCUCCAGCUUUAAAAGCUGUCCUCAUCGUCGGCAAAAUUGUUCUGAUGCUGGCAGCCAUUGCCCUGUUUGCAGAGACCAUCUGGGUGGCGACAGACCAGUUUCGGGUUUACCCCAUCCUGGGGGCAUCGGGUAAGGAUGAUGUCUUCGCUGGUGCCUGGAUCGCCAUCUUCACUGGGUUUGCUUUCUUCUGCCUGUCUGUCUUUGGCAUCCUGGCGGUCCUGAGCGAGAGCCGCACCAUGGUUAUCACGUAUCUGGUGCUGAUGGUGAUUGUCUAUAUCUUUGAGUCUGCAUCCUGUAUCACAGCCAUUACCCACCGAGACUACCUCACGUCCAACCCACGGUUUAUAAAGAAACAGAUGCUGCAGUUUUACGGAGACAGUUCCUCUUCCUCUGGACGGGAUCUCACUCUCAUGUGGAAUCGGGUCAUGCCACAGGAGGAAUGCUGUGGGUCCACUGGGCCUGCCGACUGGAUUCAAUACACCUCCUUCUUCAGGGGCCGCUUCAACGAAACCUUUGCCCCCUGGCCCUUCCAGUGCUGCAAGAGAGAUCUCAACGGAGAGAUCAUCAGCCAGGAGGGCUGCGCAGUCGGUCACCAGAACUUUCUAUACCAGAAGGGUUGCUUUGAUUACUUCAGCACUGCCAUCAACAGCUACGCCUGGGGGAUUGCCUGGUUUGGUUUCGCCAUUCUCAUGUGGACAUUUGUGCUUCUCCUCCUGACGAUGUACUAUCUGACAACUCUGUGACACCUGGAUGUGUGCCAACUGUUCUAUGUCUGAACGCGAGCAGAAAACCCAACUGUGUCUCUUUAUGAACUGAAUGUUUGUUUGUAUCUCGACUCUCUAAUCCUCAGUGAAAUUCAGCAAACAGAAACUCCCAAUCCUACACUCUGUAACAAACUAUUAACUUACUGGUGGUGUACAGUCUGUAUUCGCACCCCUCAAUUACACUGUUGGGAAAUGGGACUCCAUGAUAUUCAAUUUGGUUUUUUCCCCUCUAUCCUGCCCUUCUGAUGUGUAUGAGGCAUCAGGACAGCUACUGCUGAUGAAACUAAAAUAGGAAUCGCUGGAAAAACUGGGCAGAUCUUUGCAACAUCUGUGGAGGAAGAAAGCAGAAAGUGAACAUUUCGAGCCUGGUGACCCUUCAGAUGAAGAGGCACUGGACUCUUAACUUUGCUCUUUCCUCCCCUCCUUCCCCCACCCCUGCCACAGACACUGCCAGACCUACUGAGUUUCUCCAGCAGUCCCUGUUUUAGUUCCAGACUUUUUUUAAAAAGUAUCUGCUGUGGUUUUAAGUACAGCUGGUGGGUUUGGUUUUCUUGUGUCCAUCCAGACCCACUCCCUCCCCAGGAGACUGGUUUGGGAAGCACCCAGACCCCAGGGUGUGGGAUCCAGUAACCGUUUCACUGCAUGAUGUGUAUGGGGUUUUUGGGAUGUUGACCAGGCUGGGUGCUGUGAGGGUGCAGCAGAGAGAACCCAGAGUCUCCUUCCAUCGUGCCAUUCCAUUCCCCCCCCCCCUCCGCCCCCAACCAAAGACCCUGUUUCUGAUCCUUAGACUAUCUCUUUCCGCACACCCCCUCCCAGCCGCUAAGAGUCUGGAGGAUGUGGCGAUCUUUACCUGAUUGUUUUUCGCUGCCUGCUGAGGUGUCUGGCUCACUGGUUUUAAAAAAUAACUAACUGAAGAACCUGCCUUGUGUUUGCAGCCCCUUUUACAUCCCAGAGCGAGCUGGAUUAAUACCAGAGCGCUGUCAAGUUGGGCUGGAUCAUGGGGAGGGGCUCAGACAAGCCAUCUAUUAAUACUGAGUGAUCUGGUGAUGAAGCCACUAAUUUGCAAUGUUUUAAUCUGUUUGAACUGUAGCCUUUUUGUUUAGGGAAAGGUUGGUGUAUUUGUACAGUGACUCCUGUGCAUGAAGGGGGGGAUUGUUGGGGAGCUGACUUUUUUUUUUGUACAAGAGGCAGGGUACAGAGAGUAUCAGGUGUGACCCAGUGAAUACCCCUAUCUUAUAUUUGUGACUUUUUUUGUUGUUGAUGCCAGCUGCACUUGUGUAUCAUGGUUCAAAUCUUUGUAUAUUUUACUCUAAUAUUAAAGCUUUUCCAGUGA